CAAUGAUCGAUUACUUUGGGCCGCAAGCAAGAUGGCCGCGACUUGUCAACCGUGAUAAGUCUCAGUCGUUAUUUUCUGAUGAUAAUAUUAUUUAGUUGUCCCCGGCAGAAAUGGGUUUAUCUCAGAGUUCAGAAGUAUCCGAAGGAGGGUCGUACGGAUACCAUGUGCACGGCGUGCAGCCAAAUUCUCCAGCUGAACAUGCUGGAGUGCAGCCUUUCUUUGACUUCAUUCUGUCUCUGGACAACAAAAGACUUAAUGAGGAGAAUGGUCUGCUCAAGGAGCUCCUGCAAGCCAACAUGGAGAGAGCAGUGAAGAUGGAGGUUUACAGCAUUAAAACCACACAGGUUCGUGAGCUGGAGGUGGUGCCCAGUACCAUGUGGGGAGGCCAGGGUCUGCUGGGGGCAAGCGUUCGCUUCUGCAGCUACCAAGGAGCCAAUGAAAACGUUUGGCACGUUCUGGAUGUGGAAGCCAGUUCACCAGCUGCACUUGCAGGACUCCAGCCCCACAGUGACUACAUUGUUGGAGCAGAUCAACUGUUGCAAGAUUCAGAAGACUUCUUCUCAUUGAUUGAGACCCAUGAAGGGAAGCCCCUGAAGCUACUGGUGUACAACACACUCACAGAUGUCUGCAGAGAGGUGGUGGUCACACCCAAUGGAGCAUGGGGUGGAGAGGGCAGUUUGGGUUGCGGCAUCGGUUAUGGCUACCUACACCGAAUCCCUGCAAAUCCUGACGUAUCGCCUGUGAAGCCUCCUACCCAUGUUCCUGAGGAGACGCCUCCUCCAGAGCUGCCAACACAUGGAUACACAGAGGCGCCUCUGAUUGCACCUUCGAGCCAAGGUGAAGAUUUGUUAGAUCUGGAGCACGUCGGCCCACAGGAAACUCAACUACUACCCCCUCCUGUUCAGAGAGUGAUGGACCCUGGCUUUACUGAUUCUGAGGUGGCGGUGAUGAACCCUGACCCUGCAGACCUGAUGGACAGGCUGGAUCUGUCCAUGUCGUCCAUCGACAUGACCAACACCUCGCUGGCUAUGCAUGACGAGAAGGAGAAUGACAUAUCUGGCAUCGAGGAGCUGGAGGACAGUGUCCUGCUCUCAGCGUCAACAGACAGCCACCAGAGUGAGCCAGCAGAGCUCAGCCCCCAGAUCACCAUGGACCUCACCGCUGCUCUCUCCUCCACCGAGAACUGGUCCGAUUCGGGCGUCCCACCAGCUGAACCAUCUCACCUGGUCGCCGAUUCCUCAGAUGCGCGAAGCUUUCUCAUGGAGUCUAGAGAGAGCCAAAGUCCACCUCUGUCUCUUCCAGUAGAGUCCCCUGACCCUCCUGCUGAGCCCUCUGUCCCAGCUGUACACAUUCCCAGCCCAUCUCCAGUUGAUCUCAUCUCAUCCCCGGCUGCUGAUGAGCUGAAUGCAGGCGACUCUCCGUCUCCGGCUGUGAAGGAUGCAGCAGGGUCAGUGGAGGAGACUGCAGAGCCUCGAGAUGCGGCUCACCAGUGUGACCAUGAGCACGGUGAGGAGGAACCAGAGGAGUCACACUUCGAGUAAGAUGGCGGCAGGCUACGCAGAAAGUACAGCGAUGCAAACUUGAAGUUGACAAUCAACCGGGGCUUCUCAGAGAAACACAGAAUAGGCUGUCUUGAAAGGCUGUCCUACCCAAGCUGCAUCAUCAGUCAACGUUUCAACACUACAGCAACCAGCUACAGCAUUAACAGAGUAGAAGAAACACUGCAGGCACUGUAGUAGUAUCCUGUGUUUUUUAAACGUUUAGUUACUGUUUAUUUUUAAGCCAAAAAGGUCAGAAUGUUAUCAGCGUUUUACCUUGUGUAGAACGAAAUUCGAUUUUACGGGUAAUUAGAGUUUGCUUCUGCUACACCAACGAGACAAACUUGAAUACUUCCAAAGACGAAUGCAUUCAAAUACUACUGCAAGGCACAGCUGCACCUUCGUAUCUCUAACACUAUGGAAGGCUUCAGAAGCAACUAGGCUGCUACCGAUUUAAACGAGUCGUGGUGCAGCGUUACAUCUGUUAAUAUGUUUUAUUAUUACCCAGCUUUUAAUUCUAAAAUGCAGGGCUCUUUUAUAUGAAAUCCCCUGUUUAUUGCAUUUCAAAGGGCUUUUGCUGGGUAUGAGGGAAACGUUUGUACUGAAUUUAACUGAUCAGAACGUGUUUUUACUCCAGCAUUGCAGGGUCACUAUGUUUUUUUUUUUUUCAUUAAUUAGAUUUUUCUUUUCUUUUAAGCUAUGUGUCUUGUGAAACACACCUUUACUGCUGUAUAGCUAGAUUUACACAGCCACAACUUUAAAACCACCUUCCUAAUAUCGUUUAGUUUUUCCUUUUGCUUCUUGCACCAGAACGUUAGGGUUAGGGAAUUGUAUGGGGGGGGGGCUUGUUCCAGAGAUACUUGAUCAGUUUAAGUCAACAGCUUAAGACUCUAAAUGACAUCUUCAUGAAUACCAGGAGCAUUAAAUUAGCACAAGAUCAUUAAUGGUAUUCCCCUCAUUGGUUUUAAUGUUGUGGCUGAUCCGUUCUUUCCCCUCAUGUCUAUUCAACUGUAUUCUCACCUUUGUUUACUGUGAUCUAUGCAAACUAAAUGGGAACCGCUUGUGAAUCAAUAGACAAGCGUUUGAUAAAUGUCUAGUAAUAUAUUAGUACUCUGGAUGAGUAAUUGUGUCUUUGUAAGGGGCUUGUUAAUAUUUUUAAUUGUGGAAGUCGGUGCUAGUAUGUCAAACAAGGAAAAGUAUUUUUGCAGGUAUUUUAUCAAUGAAUUGUAUGUUUUAUUAGGAACGAGUGCAGAGUCUUUUGAUGAAUGUGAAAUGGGUGAAUCUGUGAUGGUUAAACAAUCAUAUCACUUGACUGGAAAAA